UGUUUUGCUUAAGCUUUUCUAAGUGGGUCUCGUGGAAUGUUGUGUGUGAAUGUGAUAUGAAGCUUUGAGAAAACAGUUAUGGGGGGUGUCAAAAUAGAGUCUUUUUCUAUGAGUGCUUGGUGAGUGGAUGUAAUCUGGUAAAGGGGGCAAUGAAAAUGGGUGCUACUAACUCGAGAGCUGAAAAGAAUGAAGCUUUGAGUCUGUGCAGGGAACGGAAGAGGUUCAUCAAGGUGGCUAUUGACUCCAGAUACGCUCUUGCUGCUGCACAUGUUUCUUACAUUCAAUCUCUUCGAAAUGUUGGCAUUGCUCUCCGCAGGUAUGCUGAAGCUGAGGUGCUGAUAGAAUCAUCUCUGUCAAUUUCUGACAAAACCCCUUCUCAGACUAGUUACCCUUCUCCAUCAUCACCUUCACAUGUUGCUGAGGUUGAGGUUUCAGAGUCACCCUUACACAAUGAGAGUCCUCAUUCUCCAACCGUGGCUACUCUUAGUUACAUGAGAUCAAGCGGUAGUGCUUCUGUCACAGUAAGGAUUAAUGCUUGUGGUAACACCAACUAUUUGGAUGAUGAAUCCUUGGCUGUUCAAAUGCCUCCACCUCCACCUCCACCUCCUCCUCCUGAGUCAGGUGCAUCCUGGGAUUUCUUUGACCUUGGGGAGGAUAGUGAGAGUUUCAGGUUUCUAGGGCAUUGUAGUGAGUCCAGAGAGUGCAGAGGUGAAGAAAAAGCUGAUCAAUGGUUACAUGUUGGUUCAGAUGGACUUGACAUGAUGCAACCCAACUUGGGUGAGAAGUUUGAUAGAAACUUCAGUUGUGCUGCAAUGAGAAAUGAGUGUGGCAAUUCUUAUGCACAUUGCCUUGAUCAUUCCACUGUUUCAAGAGGAGUUGAAGGUUGCAAACAAAUGGUUGAUGGAGAAGUGAAACAGCUAGAGCUGCCAAGUGCUGCAGGGGACAUAAACCAAGAUGUAGCAGACAAGGGUGCUGGUGGGAGAUCCAGUUCAAAGAGGGAGAAGAAUAUAGUGGGAAAAAAUGUGUGCACAGAAAGAGAGGAUCCUUCAGAGUUCAUCACCCACAGAGCUAAAGAUUUUCUCUCUAGCAUAAAGGAUAUCGAGCAUCGGUUUGUUCGAGCUUCUGAAUCUGGUAGGGAGGUCUCGAGGCUUUUAGAAGCAAACAAAAUCAAAGUGGGAUAUUCAGAGGCAAAAGGGAAGUCAUCUGCAAUGGCAUUGGUCACGACUUUCCAGACUGUUUGUUGUAGUAGAAAGGCUUCACCUGUUUUCCAGGAACCAGCCCAAAAAAUUAUUAGUUGGAAAAGGACAGCAUCUUCUCGAUCAUCUUCAUCUAGGAACCCUUUGACUGCAAAAUCAAAGGAAGAUGUUGAUGAUAGUGGAAGUGACUUUGUUGAAGAAUUCGGCAUGAUUGCUGGAAGCCAUUCAUCCACCCUGGACAGAUUGUAUGCAUGGGAACGAAAACUCUAUGAUGAAGUAAAGGGUAGUGAAUCCAUCAGGAAGGACUAUGAUCGAAACUGUCAUAAGCUGAGGCAUCAAUUUGCAAAAGAUCAAGGCACUCGUGUGAUUGACAAGACCCGGUCAGUCGUGAAGGAUCUGCAUUCUCGGAUAAGAGUGGCGAUUUAUUCUGUUGAUUCAAUAUCUAAACGAAUUGAGAGAAUGAGGGAUGAGGAGUUAUACCCCCAGCUUUCGGAGCUAAUGGAGGGAUUGAACAGGAUGUGGAAGGCUAUGCUUGAAUGUCAUCAUGCACAGUACAUCACCAUCUCCUUGGCAUAUCAUUCAAGGAGCUCAACAGGAACAUUGCAAGGUGAUGGGCGCAGAGAGAUAAUGAAUCAGCUUCUUGAAGAAAUUGAGUUCUUUGGUCUUAGUUUUGCUAACUGGAUUAACAGCCACACCUCAUAUGUGGAAGCUCUCAAUGCAUGGCUGCAAAACUGCAUACUGCAACCAAGAGAGCGUUCCAAAAGCAGAAGACCGUUCUCCCCUCGCCGAGUUCUGGCGCCACCUAUAUUUGUUCUUUGUCGUGAUUGGUGUGCUGGGAUCAAGUCUUUACCCUCUGAGGAACUAAGUCAUGCUAUCAAGAACUUUUUGUCAGAUCUUCACUGUCUGAUGGAGGAACAAAAUGAGCAACUUCUCAAGAAACAGAAUUCUGCUAAUGCAAGCCCUGCAGAAUCCGAGAGCAAAACUAACGAAGACGAGUCUGCAAAUUUGAGCUGCAUACAUGCAAGUUUAACAAAGGUUCUUGAUCGACUGACCAAAUUUUCUGAGGCAUCAUUGAAGAUGUAUGAAGAUAUCAGGCAAAAAAGUGAAGCAGCUCGUAAUGCAUAUCAUAAUUGCAGAACUAUCAGGGCUGAAAAAUUUUAACUCUUUAAGUACAAGCUUCUGCCUGUGCUUGCAUGAGAUUAAUACAUGAAUGA